UAUUUAAGUUAUUUUAGUCUUUCACUAGUACACGGUUAAUCAAGACAUGGAUAGAGUUAAAUUUAAAGUAAACGACAUGACAUGUGUUGUUGGUUCAGAAGUGAGCUCCACUACGACGCUCUUGAACUACAUUCGGCAGACUCUAGAAUUACGAGGAACCAAGUACAUGUGCCUGGAAGGAGGUUGUGGAGCCUGCAUUGUCAGUGUGAAGACACCCGAGGGACAUAUACAAUCUGUCAACUCUUGUUUGGUUUCAGUACUGUCAUGUCACAAUUGGGAAGUUACAACAAUUGAGGGUGUUGGAAACCGGGGCAAAGGUUAUCAUAUCUUACAGAAAACCCUUGCAAAUAAGGAUGGCACCCAAUGUGGUUAUUGCACCCCGGGCUGGGUCAUGGCUUUGUACAGCCUUCUUAAAAACAAAAAGCUGAAUAUGCUUCAAAUCGAAAAAUCUUUAGCGAGCAAUAAUUGCCGUUGUACCGGAUAUAGACCGAUACUGGAUGCAUCCAAAAGUUUUGCUGUUGAUGCUCCAUCUGGUGAAAAGCUGACUAUAGAUAUAGAAGACUUAGACAUUUGUAAAGAAAAAGCUUGUUCAAAAGAAUCUUGCGAUAAGUUCGACUGGUGUCUUGUAAAUUUAAAAGAAGAGAGGGUCCAUAUAAAACUAAAGGACGAUAGAGAAUGGUUCAAAAUACAAACUACUGCUGAAGUUUUCGAAAUAUUAAACAAAACAGGAGAUGAUUCUUAUAUUUUGGUUGCAGGAAACACUGGAAAAGGCGUUGUUCCACUUACAGAAUAUCCAAGAAUAUUAAUUGAUAUAAGCGAAAUCUCCGAAUUGAAAGGUUAUUAUUUUGAUCAGAACUUGGUGAUAGGUUCCGGGACUACAUUAACUGAGCUAAUUGACAUAUUUAAGACAGUAUCAGAAAAGGACGAAGUAUUCAACUAUCUUAACGUAUUAAAUGAGCAUUUGAAGGAAGUAGCACAUAUAGCUGUUCGAAAUUUAGGUACGAUUGCUGGAAAUUUAAUGAUCAAACAUAAAAAGAAGGACUUCCCUUCUGAUGUAUUCCUCAUCUUAGAAACUGUAGGAGCUGCUUUAACUAUACUACAGCCUUCAGGCAAUAAAAAAAUAAUU